CAGAAAUGAAGUAACCAGAAUCUGUACAAAAAUCUGCCUGAGGAGGAAACUUGAAAGAUUCUGAUGCAGAAAGCUUUACAAGAAAUCAAUGUUAUUUAAUUUGAAGCAAAACUGAAAAAUGAAUCCAUCUUCGUUCAUUUAUACAUACUACUUUUUGAUGGUCAUGGCAUAAAUAUCUGAGGAAUUCAAGUUUGCAUUAGCACUAAACAAGAUUUGUGAUGAAAUGGAGCCUGGAACAAACUCUUUUCGAGUCGAAUUUCCUGAUUUUUCCAGCACCAUUCUGCAGAAACUGAACCAGCAACGCCAGCAAGGACAAUUAUGUGACGUCUCUAUUGUUGUCCAAGGCCACAUUUUCCGGGCACACAAAGCUGUUCUUGCUGCCAGUUCACCCUACUUUUGUGAUCAAGUACUCCUAAAAAACAGUAGGAGAAUUGUGUUGCCUGAUGUGAUGAACCCAAGAGUGUUUGAGAACAUUCUCCUAUCUAGUUACACAGGACGCCUGGUUAUGCCUGCCCCAGAAAUUGUUAGUUACUUAACCGCAGCCAGCUUCCUCCAGAUGUGGCAUGUGGUGGACAAAUGCACAGAGGUUUUAGAGGGAAACCCUACAGUCCUUUGUCAGAAACUAAAUCAUGGCAGUGACCACCAGUCUCCAAGCAGCAGUAGUUAUAAUGGCCUGGUAGAGAGUUUUGAGCUGGGCUCUGGGAGCCACACUGAUUUCCCCAAAGCCCAGGAAUUAAGGGAUGGUGAGAAUGAAGAGGAGAGCACCAAAGAUGAACUGUCAUCUCAGAUCACCGAGCACGAAUACCUUCCUAGCAACUCAUCCACCGAGCAUGACCGGCUGAGCACUGAAAUGGCAAGCCAGGAUGGGGAGGAGGGGGCCAGUGACAGUGCUGAGUUCCAUUACACCCGGCCCAUGUACAGCAAGCCCAGCAUAAUGGCUCACAAACGCUGGAUCCACGUGAAGCCUGAGCGCUUGGAACAGGCUUGCGAAGGCAUGGAUGUGCACGCAGCCUAUGAUGAGCACCAGGUCACUGAGUCUAUCAAUGCCAUGCAGACCGAACACUCAGUCCAGCCUUCAGGAGUGGAGGAGGACUUUCAUAUUGGGGAAAAGAAAGUAGAGGCAGAGUUUGAUGAGCAGGCCGACGAAAGCAACUACGAUGAGCAGGUGGAUUUCUAUGGCUCUUCCAUGGAGGAAUUUUCUGGAGAGAGGUCAGAUGGGAAUCUGAUUGGGCACAGACAAGAGGCCGCCCUGACAGCAGGCUACAGUGAGAAUAUUGAAAUGGUAACUGGGAUUAAAGAAGAAGCUUCCCAUUUAGGAUUCUCAGCCACAGACAAGCUGUAUCCUUGUCAGUGUGGGAAAAGUUUCACUCACAAGAGUCAGAGAGAUCGACACAUGAGCAUGCACCUCGGUCUUCGGCCUUAUGGCUGUGGUGUCUGUGGUAAGAAAUUCAAAAUGAAGCACCAUCUCGUGGGCCACAUGAAAAUUCAUACAGGCAUAAAGCCCUAUGAGUGUAAUAUCUGUGCAAAGAGAUUUAUGUGGAGGGACAGUUUCCAUAGGCAUGUGACUUCUUGUACCAAGUCCUAUGAAGCUGCAAAGGCUGAACAGAAUACAACUGAGGCUAACUAAAAAUAGAGGCUGGCCCUUGAGUGGCAUGCACAGAAAUAAACUAUGGUAAUUAAUGCAAAUCUGGGCACAGAUGAUGCGUGCUACUUGCUAUUAUGAGAAAAGCUUAAAAAAAAGGAAGAUAUUUCUGAAAGACCAGCUCUAAGUAGGCCAAUUAAAAAAAUCUAAUUCGUUGGAUUGGUAUGUGCCAGUCCUGGCCUGGAAUGGGUGAGAGGGAUAAGUUCAUCUGAUGCACAGCUGGCAAGGGAAACCUUCAAGCCAGCUGUGAUUGAGGCAGGUGGACUUGGGGAAAGAGACAUCUGCACUUGGAACUGGACUGCAGCCUACCAGUUCCAUCUCAGGUGGCAGCGAUUUUUGACCACACAUUAUCACAAGGUCAUGUUUUACUUUGCUCUUAUUAUAGAUCCUUAGGUAAUGUGGAUUUGUUUUGGUAGCUGCUUCACUGAAUGAAAUGCUACUUAUGUAAAAGCUUCAAAUAAUGUGAUUCCUGGGAUGAGAAAUUGGUUAACACAGCAAUCUUGUCUGAUGUUAUUCUUUCUAAAGGAUACUUUAGGACUGGGGAGGGCCUAAGAGGGUGACAUUGGAGGCCUGAAAUCAGUAACCUAUGAGACAAGUUUCAAUUUCUGUAAGAUGCCAUUGUCACAAUGUUUCAAACUUUAGUAUUUUAAUACUAAAAUACUUUAGGUGAGUUUGAACUAUUGUAUCUAAUUCUAAUCCUCUUGAGUGCCAGAGUUAGGUGUUUCUGGUUACCCUUCCCUCAGUUCUGUCUAGUUGUAGCAUCCACACAUGAGAUCCACUUCAGCUAGGAGACUUCUGACCACAGUAUAGAGGAGUGCACCAGCUGUUGCUCUUGAAAUCAUGGUGCUUCCCAACAAGGACACCUGAGACCACAGUUCAUGGGAUGGAGCUGGAACCAUAGCCGAGAGUUGGUGCCAUAUUAACCCUCACUGUCAGAAUGAUAGUUGGGGAAGAAGCAGAAUCUUGUGUGUCAGGUUAUACUCGAAAGUAGAUGGCCCAAGAAAAAGAUAGAGGAAUACUCAUGGAGGAAAGAGUACAGUGAGCUAAAACUGGCAGUUCUUUAUGCUGUGCUGUGAUAUUUGUUUAAGGGAGAAAGAAGGGUGGGAAUGGCUCACACCUGUAAUUCCAGCUAUUGGGCAGAUUGUAGUUCCAGGCCAGCCCAGACAAAAAAUUUGCAAGACCCCCCCCCUCACUCCCAACUCAGCAAUUAAAGAAAGCUAGUCAUAGUGGUUCAUACCUGUCAUCCCAGCUAGAUGGGAAGUGUAAAUGGGGGAUCACAGUCCAAGCUGGCCCAGCCCUAUUUGAAAAAAUAACUAAAGCAAAAAGGACUGGGGGCAUAACUCAAAGGGUGCAGUACCUACCUAGUGAGUAGCAGGCCCUGAGUUCACACCCUAGUACCACUGGUUAAAGGCUGAGGAAGAAGUCCUAAUUUUAGCAAAAUAGUCUGACGGAUUCAUGCUCCCAAGUUACAGAAGAAGCUGCAUAAAUUUACAAGUCUGCACAUAGCUAUAUCUAGCAAACAAUAAGCCGAGCUACUAGUCUAAGGCCUUUUCUGCUGAUCAAUCAGUUGUUUUAGGGUCAACAGAAGGCAUGUAUCCAGAAUGCCGUUCAGCUGUGUAGCAUGUCUGAGGUUACCAGGAUAGGACAGGGUGCUACUGUUUUGUCAUCUUUUUAGAAACUUACUGCUCUAUUACUUCGAAGUAGAAACUUGUUUUCGUCCAAAUAAAAAAAUAGUUUUUCUUGGACUUUGGGUGAAAUUUUGUUUUAAAAGUUUUGCUUUGCUCGAAUGUGAUAGACAUUACUGGCAAAGGCCUCUGCUCUUCAAGCACCCCUCACCCAGGGUUUCCUUGUUGAACAUUAUCUGGAGAGUGGGGAGAAAGUACCACUUAGCUCUUGCAAUCAAGAUUUACAAAACAUUACAUAACAGGGAUCUACUCACUAACACUGUAUCAGUCUAUAUAAAAAGCACUUUGUAUUUAAAACUUUAUUAUAAAUAUAUAUAGUUGGUUUUUUUAAAUUUAGAGACUAGAUAUUACCUCUUGGUUGUUUGUCACAUGAAUACUAUCUUCUCUUAAUGUUGAAACUUUGGCACUGGACAGUCCUUUCUCAGUACCACAUGGACAUGCAUUGAGGCUGGACAUAUAUGUUAGAGACCAGGGUGGGUAUAAUAUUGGCCACUACAGUGAGGAGAACUUGAUCUAUUGCUCCUACUAAUUUCCAUAGUAAAACACUGAAGCCAUCUGUUCUACCCAAAGCUGGUCACCGCUCCCAUGGUAUCAGCAGAACAUUUUUUUUUUGCCUGUUGAAAAGGUUCAGCGUGAUGUUUUCUAUUAAAGAUUCUAUUUAAAUGAGCACUAGGACAUUUGGGGUGGAAUCUAAAUGGUAAAAUUAAAAUCUUCUGGGGAAACCAUAGUCCCUCAGUUACGCUGAAUCAGCACUCUCAUCCUGAGUGGUGAUAAAGAGCUUUUGUUCAGCCAGGAGUGUGGCCAGCCCCUGGGGGCCAGCUCUGCUGGGACUUAUCUAAUAUGUUUGAAGAGUAGUAUCUUACCAAAUUCCUUCUGUGAACAUCAGCUGCUAAACGUAGAAGUUAAGUUCUUCACAUAUGCCCUUUUUUGUAAUUGGGUUUUUGUAAAACCUGGGGUUGCUCAUUGGGUCAGCCAGAGCCUGUAAGAUAUUUGAGUGUAUUGAGAUACUGGCUGUGUUCAGGAGGAAGAAGAAGGGACAGCCUUAGCCUGGGUGUUAAAAAGUAAAUAUUAAUAAGAUGCUCUUUUAGGUUAGGAGAUCAUUGUAAUGACAGUCUCUUCCCUUAGUGUCAACACAGCUUUAGAAAAUCUUCAUCCUUCCAGAUGAGGUUGGAUAGUUGUGGGUGGCAUUUUCCAAGCAAUCUUUCAAGGAUCAUUUCCAUACAUGUUUAACUAAGGUGUUUGUCUCCUAUUUUGAGUCUUAACUGUGAUUUUCCUCCAUCUUGGUAGUAACAGGCUUCAGACACCACUGGUGGCAUUUGGUAUUCUGUGUAGACCAUGCCCUUUGUUUGGAUGAACACAGAUAACAAUAAUCUACUUGGUCCAACAAAGGAAGGAAUGAGGUGACCGGUCCUCAUGUGCUAAGAGCUGUCUUUAGGCUCUUCUCAGCGCUGACCUGUCAGUUUCUAUGUCUCACCUUUCUCCAGCUUAAUUUGGCCUCUGUUUUUAAGGAUCUCUCCAAAAGGCCCCUUUCCUUAUAGGAGUACUUGAUGCUGGGCAGGUUCUAGCUAUUUAGCAAGCUGUGGCUCCAGCUUGCCGAGGGAUGCAAACCCUGAGCUGGUGUGGGAAGGAAGUUGAAGAGCAAGAGGCUGUGUCUUCCCCUGGGAAGUGCUUUAGCCUUAAAGGCUGAUGAGAGUAUGUCUACCACAGAUCCAGGGGUUUGCUCUGUGGUACGUUAGAUACUGGAAGAAACCAAGGGAUGCAUUACCCCAACCCCCUUCUGUGCCACUAAUUUCUGUGGAUUUAGGUUGCAUUCAUGGGUGACUAAAUUUGUCCAGAGAAACCAGGGUUUGUUUUGGUUUUUGGUUUUUUGCUACUUAAAGGUACAUGUUUCUUAUCUCAAUUUCUACUGAUAAUGCCCUAUGGGAAGAUGCUGGAACACAUUUUGCAAAUGUGACUUUUUUUUUUUUUUUAAAUUUUGCUUGAAGCCUGUGUCAUGUCAGUUGCUGCUGCUGCCUUCUUUCUUUUGAUGAGGUUCCCACUGUUUCUCCUAGAAAAUUACUUUAUUUAUGCAAGUCAGGUGACUUAGGCCACAAAACCAUUUGAUGAUAAACAGAUUAUCAUUAGGUGCAUAUCUUAUUGACAUUUUGUGAAAUGUUAUGCCUGUAUUGCAAAAGUUGAAUAGUUUUGUCUUUAUAUAAUUGCUGUCUUCAGUGUACAGCAUGGUUUUACUUAAUUGAAUGUUACUGUUUAAUAUUUUCUUCUUAUAGAAGAGACCAUGCCCUUUUGUAUGACAUGU